CACACACAUUUCUGCAGAUGGCAAGGAAGCUGUGAACUAACCAGCACAGCGGUCGCUGCUUGUGCGACAAAGGGCAAUGGAGUGAGAGUUGGAAGAGCAAGGGAGCAUGUGAGGAAGAAGAGGACCAUGCAGUGAGAGCUGGGACUGGAGAGCGCAGGAAAACGAGACAGACUGCCUUGAUACGCUUGGACACGAUUUGGUGUCAGUGUCACGGGGGGAGAGCCCACAGGCUGUCACCUUGUUGGACGCAAAACAGUCAUCUCUUGAACUGAAAUCGAUAUAACUUUUUGAAUUAUUGGAUGUGACAGUGAACACUACAGAAAAAACACUCACUUGAGCUUUUUUUUUUUUUGUUGCUGACAGUUGAGUGUGUCGUGUAUUUCCAGUACUGACACAGACAGUGACACCCUCUGUGGUCUUUAAAAGUCACCAGCUUUAUGGAAAACUCGCUCAACUCUUGGACAAACUUGGCUUUAGCUUCCUCCAGGAGUUCUUCUUCUUGUUGCUACAGCUGAUGUUGCCUUCUCUGAUUCUCAACUACUGCUCUGAUUUUUUUUUUUACAAAACUGAAACAGAUUGCAAAUUAGCUGUAUGAGUUACAGAGUCAUUGAAACAUAAAAUUACAGUUUGACUGACUGUAAAGCCCAACAACAGUUGCUGACACUAAAGGUACUGACUGUUGACAACUCUCACUGACCGCCAGCAACGGAUGCAGAGAAAGACCACAUCCCGCGUCUCUGGCUUCAACAGGAGGAGGUGAAGUUCGGUGGAGUGGUCAUGUCCCUGUCAGCCGACCUGAGCUGCCUGCAGGGCAGCAGUGGAGCAGAGCAUGAGGCGGCGCUGGCAACGCUGGAGAAACAGCUGAUCUGUCCGAUCUGCCUGGAGAUCUUCAACAAACCGGUGGUCAUCCUGCCGUGCCAGCACAACCUCUGCAGGAAGUGUGCUAACGAGCUCUACCAGCCAUCGCUGUUCCAGGCCCGGACCACCAUGAUGGUGAACAGCGGCCGGUUCCGCUGUCCCACCUGCAGGCAUGAAGUGGUGCUGGAUCGCCACGGCGUCUAUGGCCUUCAGAGAAACCUGCUGGUGGAGAACAUCAUCGACGUCUACAAGCAGGAGGUCAGCAACCAGAGCGCCAUGAGCCCAGCCCCGCUUCCUCCACCAGCUGCUCAGGUAACAUGCUCAGACCAUGAGGGUGAAAAGGUGAACAUCUACUGUCUCACCUGUCAGGCUCCCACAUGCUCGCUGUGCAAAGUGUUCGGGGCUCAUCAGUCCUGUCAGGUGGCUCCUCUGACAGACGUGUAUCAGCAGCAGAAGGAUGAGCUGAGCGAAGCAAUCACGUCUCUGGUGGCGUUCAACGACAAAGUCCAGGCUCUGAUUGAUGAGCUGGAGGAGAGCUGCAGAAACGUGGAGGAGAACUGUAAGACACAGAAACAGAGCGUGUGUGACAAGUUCAGCCGCAUGUUUUCCAUCCUGGAGGAGAGACGCACGACGAUGAUGCAGCAAAUCAACUCUGAGGAGGAAGAGAAGACAGGCCACGCCCAGUCGCUGGUGCUUUGCUAUGGAGACAGUGUGGAAGCCAACAGGAAGCUGAUGGAGAGUGCAACGGGCAGCAUGGAGGAGCCAGACAUGGCUGCUUUUGUUCAAAAUUCAAGAGAUCUGGUCGCAAAAGUGAUCACAGCGUCCACCUCUGGUCCAUCUGAGACUCUAAAACCAGGUUAUGAGAGUCUGAGUCACUACAGCUUCAACUUCGGCAGACAGGAGAAAGCUCUGAAGUGCAUAGACUUCCUCAAAGUUGUGGAGGAUGUUCCUGAAGAACUAGAGGUGGAUCCUCCAAAGCAACGCACAGAGGAACCCACAGAGGAACCCACAGAGGAACCCAUAGAGGAACCCAUAGAGGAACCCAAAGAACCUUUGGUCGAGAACAUGCAAGCAAAACAGUGUCAGGAAACCUCAGUCCAGGACAUGGAAGCUGUUAGACCAGGGAAAGUGUUGAUUCCCGUGCUGAUAUCCCCACCACUGGAACCAUUACCAGCACCAGCGGUGAUUCCAUCAGCUCCAGCCCUGAUGAGGGACGCUGAGGAACCUGCAGAGGAAUUUACACAGCAGGAGACUGAAAACUUAGACUCAAAUGAUGUGAGAUCCGGUCAGAUUAAAGAGGAGAAGAAGGAAGCAGAGGAAUUUGAAGCGCCGGCUCCAGUUAAAGAGGGGAAUGUAUGUGAACAGCAGGAGGGCAUGAGCACACAACAGGUCAGUGUCAUGUGGUUUUGCCGCCAUCAUCAUCAUCAUCAUCUUCACCACCAUCACCAGUCUCUUGCACUCUACACCCAGCUGUUGACGUGGCUACACUUCCGCGCUAUCUUCUUCUUCUCUUCUCUUCUUGGUUAUUGCUGCUCAUGAUUCACCGAGUCACUUCUGCAGCUUGGCGGCUUCAUCAUUUUUAUUUAUUUAUUUAUUUUUUCACUUUGGGAAAAUGUGGAGGAAAUAGAAAGGAGGAAGCAGAGAAAACUAUUAUCCAUUAUCUAAAGCUAGCAAAUAUGAUUUAUCUGACCUUGAUAUAAUUACAUCCAGCACCACUUUAGUUGGCUUUCAUACACAGGGCUGGACGAAGAUAAAGCAACACUAAUCAAUAGUGUGAUCAUUUGAAAAAAGCUAGCUUAUUGGCUAAGAAUCAUUUAACUCUUCAAUUUACUACAAUUUUGGUUCAUUCUCAUGUAGAAACUUCAGUGUGUGCAGAUUUCUUAAUAGGUUCUAGCAUUAAAAAAACUAUUUCCAUGUGGAAGGUAACUAACUAGCUGUGAAUUUUUAUCAGCUAAAAAUCCAGACACUAUCUAAGGAGGAGGAGACCAAAAACAGAGCUAAAAGAGAGCGAUUUAUAUGCUUACAUCAUCAAGAUGGACACAAAUGAUAACAUGGCUAUAAGAUACGAUAAGAUAAUAAUAACAAAUUAUUUAGCGUACAGUGGGUUACAGCAGUGUACAGUUUAAAGGGCUGUGCACUCAAAAGAUAAAAAGAUAAACGUAAAAAAUAAAUAAAUGUGUAUGUGGUGUACACUGAGCAGGGAUAUUGAAGCAGUCGUCAGCUAAAGGAGCUGCCCAGUGCUGUUAUAGCACCAUUGGAGAGGAUGGGACCAGUUUUCCAUCAGGCAUGAUGAACCACUGAUCACCCACCACCUCCACAGGCUCUAGAGGGCAGCCGAGAACAGAGGCGGCCUUCUACACCAGUUUAUUCGGUCUCUUUUUGUCUGCUACUGAGGUACUGCUGGUCGAGAAGACCUCUCCAUAGAAGAUGGCUGAUACCACCACAACGUCACACCUCAAAGGAGACAUCUAGCUACCUAACCUUAGAUGUGUAAAUUGGCAGCUGCUACAUGUAAAUGAUAGCCUGUUUCCCCCGCCCAGUAGGGACUAAAAAUAUAUUAUAUCACGGUUAACGCUACAUUGUGAAACUUUUGUAUCCCUCGUCAGUUUGCAAUGAGAAAGAGCCACACAAUGCUAAGUUUCUUAUUUAUAGCAUCAGAAACUCUUCUUAAACCAUUUCUAGAUUCUUUGUUAUACUUCCCAAAGGAAAAAGGAUAACCUUGGUUAUGUUCACAACUCCUCUUUGUUCACCAUGCUGCUAGGUACAAGUCUGUCUCAAUCCCUGUUUCUCCCCUCUUCAGUUUUUGCAGUCAUUGCUAGUUGAUGUAAACCAGUUCUACAGCGAGAAGUGUCUCCACAGACACCACAUUUAAAUGGAACUACAGAGAUUUAUCUUCACUGAUUACCUUAUCAGGACUGUAUAAUCUUCUGAGGAGCUGAAACGUAUAAACUUUAGAUGAAUGCGUCUAAAAGGGAGUGAAGUAGAAGUAUAAACUUCUACCCAAGUGUAACUUUAAGUAACCGUCAAACCAGAUGAGUUUAACUUCCUCUUUCCUUCCAGAAUUCCCCAAAGUCUUCCAUGUUGGCCUUUUUUCUGUGCAGCAUAAUUUCUUCAUCUUGCUCCUUCAUCUCAAACAUUUUCAUUCUUUUUCUCGUUGCACCCUCCUUUCCCUCUUCCGUCUCCCUCCUACCUUCCUCCUGCCAUUUCCCUCACCCACCUCUCCCUCUCUCUCUUUCUCUGUCCAUCCCUCCAUCUCU